AUGGCUUCUUCAUACUCCGAGGGCUUGAAAACCUAUGGCUCCUCCGCCCUCUCUGCCGAAGAAAAAUACAAUCAGAACCUCACAUUGUCCAAGAGAAACCGCAGAAUCUGCCUCGAAAGGCUUCCUAAACACAAUGACAAAUCUAUGGCUACAGGUCGCAUUAAACUACCGGAUAUGCUUGUAGAGCAAUCUUGGUUGGAAGCAUUACCUGGUGAAUUUCAGAAACCUUACGCCCCGGCUCUUUGCAUGUUCGUCCAAAAUGAGAUUUUCGCUUUCAAAGAUUCCGUAUAUCCUCCUUCGCAUUUGAUUUUCAAUGCUCUUAAUACUACUCCUUUUCAUUCCGUUAAGGCUGUGAUUCUUGGCCAGGAACCUUAUGAUGGACCUGGUCAAGCAAUGGGGCUUUCAUAUUCGGUUCCGGAGGGAGUUAAAGUUCCAUCCAUUUUGAAGAAUGUAUUUAAGGAGCUUAAGAAAGAUAUUGGUUGUUCCAUUCCAUCUCACGGCAAUCUUGAAAAAUGGGCUUUGCAGGGCGUUCUCUUGCUGAAUGCUGUUCUCACAGGUAGGAAGAAUGAAGAUAAUUUAAAUUCACAUGCAAAUAUAGGCUGGGAACAAUUCACAGAUGUUGUUAUCAAGACGAUCUCUGAGAAGAAGGAAGGGGUCGUGUUUCUGAUGUGGGGAGAGUCUGCUCAGGAGAAAAUUCGCUUAAUUGAUCAAACCAAGCAUCACAUUCUAAAAGCUGAACAUCCCUCCGUGUUGACUGUGAAAAGAGGUUUCUUUGGCUGCAAGCACUUCUCUAAAACUAACCAACUUCUGGAGCAAAAGGGGUUUGAUCCCAUAGAUUGGCAACUAUAA